GGGUGCUGCAGCACAGUUCUUGAUAUACGAAAUAUAUAUAAACCCACGUACAUUCACCUAUUCCGCACGAUAUCCUCUUUAUCAGCGGUCGAAUUGUAUUCCUGUUUAUUCUGUUUCUCUUCGUUCUUUGUCAAAAUGAAGAACAGCCUCUGUCUGCGGCGCCCCACAAACCUAGCGCUCCUGCUGGCAGUAGUCAGCCUCGGCCUUGUCUUCUUCGUCGCGGAUCUCGUCGUCGCGUCCUCGGACUCCGCCUCGGACUACUAUGUCUCCUCUUUGCCUGGCGCACCGGAUAACGUCCGGAUGCCGCCCAUGUACGCAGGACACAUUGAGAUCAACCCCGAACACCAUGGCAACCUCUUUUUCUGGAUGUUUGAGAACGAGCACAUUGCCGACAAGCCACGAACCCUGAUCUGGCUCAAUGGUGGACCAGGCUGCUCGUCCAUGGACGGCGCGAUGAUGGAGAUCGGUCCGUUUAGAGUCGGCGACGGAGGAAAGUUACAUGUGAACGAGGGCCGGUGGAAUCAGUAUACAAACGUUCUUUUCGUGGAUAACCCGAUUGGAACCGGGUUCAGCUUCGCGGACACAGAUAGCUAUCUGCAUGAGCUCGAUGAGAUGGCGUCGGACUUUAUGAUCUUCAUGGACAAGUUCUUUACAAUCUUCCCGCAGUACCUGGCCGACGACCUCUACAUCGCCGGCGAGUCCUACGCAGGCACGUACAUCCCUUACAUCGCCGACGCGAUCCUGACUCGCAACCAAAACGAGUCCUCGACCGAUACAAAGUACCCGCUCAAGGGAAUCAUGCUCGGCAACGGCUGGAUCGAUCCUGUUCGACAGUACCUUGCCUACGCGCCCUACGCGUACAAGAACGGGCUGAUUACGGACGGCACACCGGAGGCGAAGCGUGUUGAUGAGCAGGUGAUGAAGUGUAUGAACGAGCUCAACAAGGGAAUCCACAUCACAGUCACCAUAUGCGAGGAGAUUCUGGAUGUCAUCCUCGAAGUCUCGCAAGAUAAAUCGCAGAGUGACAAAAAGACGUGCCACAACAUGUACGAUAUCCGCAAGUUUGACACGUUCCCGGCUUGCGGCUCAAACUGGCCGGACGAUCUCGUCUAUGUGACGCCGUACCUGCGCCAGGACGACGUCAAGGCUGCAUUGCACAUCAGUGCAGAGAAGAAGACGGGAUGGACCGAGUGCUCGGGAGGAGUCUCGCGGGCGUUCAAGGCGGAGAAUUCCCGUCCGACUGUUGAGAUGCUGCCGUCGAUUCUGGAGCAAAUCCCCGUGCUGAUGUUCAACGGUGACCAGGAUCUGAUUUGCAAUCAUAUCGGAAACGAGGAUCUCAUCGGCCAGAUGGAAUGGAACGGCGGCAAGGGAUUCGAGGAAGCUCCGGGGGGAGCUUGGGCUCCCAGAGAGACUUGGGCGUACGACGGCGUCGCUGCAGGAGUAUACCAGGAAGCUAGAAAUUUGACCUACGUACUUGUCUACAAUGCCUCGCACAUGGUUCCUAUCGACCAAUCGCUCCAGGCGCUGGAUAUGAUGCACAGAUUUGUUGGUCUCGAUUAUAAGUACACCGGUGAGGAGUCUAAGGGAGUAAUCGGCGAAGGUAACUCGACAACCCACCGUGAGGAUGACGACGAUGAUGAUGAUGAUGAUGACGAUGACGAUGACGACGACGACGACGACGACGACGAUAAGAUCAAAGACGCGACUCGCAAGGCGUAUUUCCGCGCCGGCGAGCUCGCCCUCGUGAUCGUCUCGCUUGCCGCGCUCGGCUUCCUCAGCUUUGUCGUCUACCAGCGACGGUUAGCAGCCAAGCGCGGCUACCGGACUGUUGGGUUCGCAAACAAGGACACGAUGAUCAGGUUGGAAGACGGAGCUGCGGCGCGAGGAGGCGCGGCGCUGGGUUCGCGGCGGUCGGAUAAUACGCGGAACCCGUAUGACGACGACGACGAUGCGGAGCUACGCAACACCGAGCUCGAUGAGUUGGUGGUCGAGUCGCCUGUGGUGACGUCGGACGAGAUCGAGCGGCGCCUGAUAUAUGAUGCGAACGGGGAUAUGGUCCAGAACCCGUACUCUGACGACGAGAGUGUUGCCGGCGACGAAGCCGGGGACGGCAACGCCGGAAGACGAAGCGAUGUAUCAGAGUCGGACCUGGGACGACGGCAAAGUAGAGAGAUCUAAGCACUUCUAGCGAGUACUUUUAUUAAUUUACAGAGCAUUUGCCGUUCAGUCUCACGGAUUGGGAAAAAUCACAAAACACAUUACUACGGGUUAAACUAUCGAUAUGCUUGUUUCUGACGACUGGGACAGCACACGGACAGGCGCAUUUUCUUCACAGCUGUUAAAAGGAGAAGAGGGUCGGGAAUAGGGGGGUUUACAUGGCACAGGCUCAUCUUUUAUUAUCUCUUUCUGUGAUAAAAUUGUAUAAUCUGAAAUUCUACUUCAUCACCAAGGAUCGUAG